AUGACUUGCAAUUGCGUCGAGAAUCCUCAUCAUAGGCACCAUGCCCUUCAUAACAGGCAUGGUACCCUUAGAUGCGCUUCCAACCCUCCAGCCGAUUCAAAGAAUCGACCAAAACGUGAUUUUCGGUUCCAGGUACUUAUAGUUGUGACUCUUGUAAAUGAAGCCUUUUAAAAUUAAAAAUCAACAGUCUGUCGGUAAAUAAAAUUUUUUGAAAUCAAACCAGUUAUACUUCAGUAAUUUCUUAUAAAGAUUACAAUUUAGGUAAUCGAAUUACGCGAAGGACCCAAAUGGUUCAUCUGGCCGUCGAAUAAGUCCCAAGACGGUGAAAACAAUGUAAUAUGUAACAAUGACCGUAGAUCAAGAACGAAAGCUGACAACGAGCGAAUCACUAAAAGUAAGUUAAUGUUGUUGACUGAACAGUUGCGCUCAAAACAUCAAAAUAUGUUUUGAAAAAUACGUUGGAGAAUAUUCGAGUAAACUGUUGAUUUAGACUGUCAUGCGCAGUUGUUUAUUAUUGUGAGCAGCUUUGUGUGAAUUUCAACAGUUUACCCAAUCAUAUUGUUAUCUUGAGUAAUUCCCAUAGCUUUUCGUAAUUCGAUUGACCUUACUUGUUUUCCUAAUCUGUGAUUUGUUCCAACUUUAAACUGUAUUUAAUAUAUUUCAGAUCCCAGAUGUGACGCCAUCAGUCGAUUUGUCGAAAUUCACUCGGAACCAACCAGUUCCCGUAUGAGGAUAGAGUCCGAGCAGCUACACUCCAACAGUUCAUCUUCAGGCUACUCGAACGACUCCAGUUUGUCGGUAGCUUCCGACACUUUCCAGAUUCUCUCAGUUUCUUCUAAAUGGGAUUCACAAACCGAAGAUGAGGAUGCGGAAGACACAGAGAACGCCAACUGCUACACCGAGCUACAAGAUUCAGCGGUGUCGACACCGUUGGCAACAAAAAAUGUUGUCGAGUACAACAAUAAUUAG